AUGGCGCCUAGCUCUACGACACGCACUGACUCGCCCGUCCGAUCAUCGGAUCACAAAAAUGAAGAAUCUUCUGAUAAGCCUCUCUGGCAAAUCGUCGACAUACCAGACAAAGGAAAAGGCAUAGUCGUCACUCAAAACAUCACCCCUGGCACUCUCCUCCUAAGCGAAGCCCCUUUAAUCAAAACCGACGUGGUCCAAUCUCUCACCAGCGCCGAGCAAGAUCUUGAGAAUGCCCUUAGCAAGCUCUCAAUCACCGAGCAGGAGAACUUCCGCACCCUGCACACCAACUUCCCUGAAAACGAGGACGAGAAACUCAUCGGCAUUAUCCGCUCCAAUGCGUACCCGCUAGGUCCAGACACAGACGUUGGUGGGCUCUUCGCUGGCAUUGCGAGAAUCAAUCAUAGCUGUCUGCCUAAUGCCGUCCAGUACUGGAACGAAUUACUCGGAAAGCAGACCAUCUAUGCUGUUCGUCCCAUUGCCAAGGGAGAGGAAAUUACUACUUGUUACCAACCUGGAGGAACGUCAUCCCAGAGAAAAGAUACUCUCAAGGAGUUUUUCAAGUUCGAUUGCAUGUGCGAGCUCUGCUCUCUCCCAGCCGACGAGCUAAAGGCAAGUGACGAGCGCAUUUCCCAAGCCGAGAAAUUAGACGAGACAAUCGGCAAUUCUAAAAAGGUGCAUUACGAACCUGACAAAGUCAUGGAAUGUGCUCGCAAGCUGUUUGAACUUUACGAGAUUGAUGGCAUCAAAGACGGUAGAUUGUCGAGAUUGUAUUACGACUUGUUCCAGAUGUGUAACAUGCACAGCGAUCUUGCGAGGGCGAGAUGCUUUGCCAAGUAUUAUUCUGAUGCGAAGAAGAUGGCUGAGGGUCCGGAUAGCUUGAAUGUUCUGGAGAUGAAGCCAUAUGUGAAGAAUCCGCAGAAACAUGAUAGUUUUGGAUCGACGGAGAAUUGGGCGACGAAAGCCUCUGAUGUGCCGAAAGGUCUUAAACCUGCCGCGUUUAAAAAGUGGUUGUGGAGAGAGGAGAUUUGA